AUGCGUACUUCUCGCACGGCAAAGGAGACGGCCAGAGUCGUCCAGGCCCUGUCGCCCCCUGGCCGCCGGCAAACACGCAGCUCAUCGGCUCAUGCCAGUGUCCUGCGCGGUUUUGCCUUCAACGGUGGCUCCAAUGCGUCUGCGUCUGCAUCAGCAUCUGUUUAUGCGUCUGCGGAGGCAGUGAGCGACGACGAUGACACGUCGUCGCUGUCAUCGGUCCCAACUGUCGAUAUCGAGGAUAUCUUGGAGCCCCCUGCCAAGCGACGGAAGAGCGCACUGAGCGCCCCUUCGGCCCGCAGCUCGCGGACUCGUUCUGCGCGCGCGCCUGCAGAUGCGACCCAGACAUCUCUGAAAGUUGAAACUACUGUCAAAGAGGAGGUCGUUGAGAAGCCUGCGGCCAGAUCCCGCCGCGCGCCUGCCCGGAAGGUCAAGGUCGAGGAUGGCACCUACACGGUAGAGCCUCCGUCUAACUGGGAAACCAUCUAUGCCACCGUGAAGAAGAUGCGCGAGGACAACCCAACCGCCCCAGUCGACACUAUGGGCUGCGCUGAGCUUUACUGGCGUGCGUCGUCGCCUCGAGAUCGCCGCUUCCAGACCCUCAUUGCCCUGAUGCUGUCUUCGCAGACCAAGGAUACGGUGACGGCCGUGGCCAUGCAACGAUUGCACACGGAGCUUGGGGAUGGGCCUCCAGUUGCCAUCAAGGCCGAGCCCGAUGACGACAACGAUGAUAGCAAGGCACUAGAGCCUAUGCAGGACAGCACCUUGAACCUGGAGAAUAUCCUGGCCGUAUCGCCGGAACGGUUGAACGAGCUGAUUCGCACCGUGGGCUUCCAUAACAACAAAACCAAGUAUAUCAAAGCUGCUGCCCUUAUUCUCCGCGAUCAGUAUGACUCCGAUAUCCCGUCGACGCCGACUGAGUUGAUGAGCUUGCCGGGAGUUGGGCCAAAGAUGGCGUUCCUGUGUAUGAGCGCUGCUUGGGGUAAGCACGAAGGCAUCGGAGUCGACGUCCACGUGCACCGUAUCACCAACCUCUGGGGAUGGCACAAGACGAAGAAUCCGGAGGAGACUCGUAAGGCUCUGGAAUCGUGGCUGCCAAAGGAUAAGUGGCAUGAGAUCAACAAGCUGCUGGUUGGACUGGGGCAGACGGUUUGCUUACCUAUCGGCCGGCGGUGCGGCGACUGUGACCUCGCAGGGACGAAGUUGUGCAAGAGCGAGAUUCGAGGAAUGGCUUCCAAAAAAACACGCAUCACGUUCAUGGAUCUUCCGCAUGUGGCUCGCGUCAAGAUCCUCGAGUAUGCUGGACUGCUGCGGAACUGUGUGAUAAACAUCCGAUACGAGUCUGUACGCAGAAAGCACAAUGGUGGCACCUGUCUAAAAGGGGAUCAUCGUCAUUAUAUUGCUCCAAGUCCAGGGAUCUGGAUAGAGCGGGACUGCAAUCACCCGAAACUGCCCGUCGAGCUCUUCAGUCUCUCUCGCGCUACUCGUGAAGAGGCCGGCGCAGUUUUCUUCUCCCACAAUCGGUUCAACGCACCCCUCGCCAGCAGAGGUGACUACACAUCCUUUGAAUUCUCGUUUGAAUGGGGACUCCACCGUCUGCGUUACUUGCACUUGGACCUGAGCCCGAGAGAACACCGCUACCUUAAGCUGGCCGGUGGAGUCCACAGGACCACUCUACGGAUCUGGAUCAGCUUCUGCCUGCUGGCUCAUUCUAAAAUGCACGACCUGAAGUAUUUCAGUAUGACAUGCAAGGUGCGCGAACUGGAAGUUGCCCAGAGACUCAUGCGUGAGAUGAAUCCAUUCCCAGUUCUGCUCCAGUGCGCGUUCCACUUUGGUCACAAUUAUGAGGAACACACUCAGAAGGUGAUUCGCCGUGCUGCCUUGAGGGUGACGGACAAUUUGAAAGUCAAGCCGCAGUUUCCGUACUUCCGUCUUCCCCGGGAAAUACAGUUCAUGAUUCUGGAGCUGCUCCUGGUCGACCAUCCAGACCCAUUCCUCCCGAAGGUGGAUAGCCUGAGAGGUGUCAUCUCGCUCCAGGAUCGCAAGAAAGCCAUGCGACCCAGCAGCUUCCUUUCGAUGAACUGUUGCCUGACCUGCUCUCCUGUUGGGGCCAUGUGUUUCUGUCGUGGCCGUCACACAGCUUUUUCGACCUCCUGCAGCUGCCUUGAAAGCCCGCUCAACUACUUCCUUGUCAGCCGAGACUUCUACCGGGACGCCCGCCAGAUAUUCUAUUCCCGUAACAAAUUCGCUUUCCUGGAUGAAGACCCAGAGUUUAUGCUGCAGUUCCUUCACAAACUCCCUACCCCAACCACGGAGCUCAUGCGGCACCUGAUUCUCAAGUUUCCGUCUCACUAUCGUGGUACUCCCCGUACAGGGCCCCGGUCCGAUGAAUCGACCCUAAUUUGGUGGUCGGUGCUACGCCGGUUCAUCCGUGAGCACUUCAAGAUCCCGAACCUGUCAUUGACCAUUGUGGAUAUGGGCUGGAAAGGGAUGGUUUCCGGUGAGCCCCGGCGCCGUUACCUAAAGAAGCUGCUAGAGGGGAUGCUCGAACUUCGAGGACUGCGCGACUACCAUCUGUACCUCUCCGAGAACCACGAACUGGCAAAGGACAUGGAAGUGCGGAUGCUUGGGGAGAUCGUCUAUCAGCGGCCUCGCGGAGUGGCGCCCUUCAGUGGUCCGAGGAACUCACAGCAUGCACAAUGACAAUUUGGCUUCAGCGGAUAUGACGUGAUAUUUCUUUCUCUGUGUCUAUUUUUUUUUCUUUUCCUUGUUGGAACGAGGAGGGAGGGUGGUCGUGCAUUAGUCAGCACUUCGGAAUAUCUACUCUAGUUAAUAAGUGGAGGUUAUUUGUAACCGAAGGUAAUUGUUCAUAAUAACAAAUGAAAAAAG